AUGCCUAGUCCGCCCCCGCGGGCACCUGUUAAAUUCGCGCAUUGGGCAUGCGCACUACCAUCGACACCUCACGUGGUGUGGGAAAAACAUGGCGGCUUGCCGAGAUGUUUUUGGCCAGAAUCAACGCCCUUGCAGAAAAAAGCCAACCAAAACUACCUUCAGACAAACACGGCUGAAAUUGAGCUGAAUUUGUGCUAUAUGCAGUAUAUCGAUCAAUACAUAGGUAAUGGAGUGUUUGCUAGGCAAGAGCUCUUGAAGGGGCAGUUUAUUCUCGAGUACAGAGGAGAACUAUGUAAACAGCAGUCUGAUGGUGAUGAAAUGUUCAAAUACCAUUUCAGACAUAACAACAAGGAAUACUGCAUCGAUGCCUCAAAAGACACGUGUCUGGCAUGCAUGGUCAACGACUUGGACCGAUACACAAAGCCUAAUUGCAAAAUGGUUAAAGUUGUUGAUGACAGACAUCAACCAAGACUCUGUCUGUAUGCAACUGAAAUGAUCAGCAAAGACACUGAAUUGAGGUACGAUUAUGGUGUUGCUGAUGUACCUUGGAGAAAGCGAAAGAUGCUGUUAAAGAUGGUCAUACAGCUGCAGAUACUACAGAGGUCACAGAAACAUCUGAAGAUGCCCUCAGUGAAUCAGCAGAAGUCUUGGAACAUGCUUAUCAUGAUGCUGUAGGGAACAGUGGGACAGUUGCCCCAUCCACAGUUGUCUCUGAACAUGCUGAAGGGCCGCCUCAAGAUGCUGUUAAAGAUGGUCAUACAGCUGCAGAUACUACAGAGGUCACAGAAACAUCUGAAGAUGCCCUUGGUGAAUCAGCA